AUGGAUAAUCUUGAGCCUAUAGUGACAUGGGAUGCCGUGACCUAUGAUAAUGUGCAUGUCAACUUCACUCAGGAGGAGUGGGCAUUGCUGAAUCCUUCCCAGAAGAAUCUCUAUAAAGAUGUGAUGCAGGAGACAUAUUCGAACCUCACUGCUAUAGGCAUGAAAGAAGACAAAAGGGAGAGAAACAAUAUGAAUGCAAUCAAUGUGCUAAAGCCUUUGCACAACAUGGUAAUCUUAAAAGGCACCAGAAAACACAUAUUGGAAAGAAACCCCAUGAAUGUAAUCAGUGUGGUAAAGCCUUUUUACUUCACAAUAAUCUUGAAAUGCAUAGAAAAACACAUACUGGAGAGAAACCCUAUGAAUGUAAUCAGUGUGGUAAAGCCUUUGUACAGCACGGUCAUCUUAAAAGGCACACAAGAACACAUACUGGAGAGAAACCCUAUGAACGUAAUCAGUGUGGUAAAG